AUGCCCCCUGCCUUUGUCCCCCUGCCUUUGUCCCCCUGCCUUUGUCCCCCUGCCUUUGUCCCCCUGCCUUUGUCCCCCUGCCUUUGUCCCCCUCCUUUGUCCCCCUGCCCUUGUCCCCCUGCCCUUGUCCCCCUGCCCUUGUCCCCCUCUACUUCCAAUCUCCUCUUCCCAUCUCCCAUUCUAGCCGAGCUGAGGAGGAAAACCGCCACCAUGAUAGGCAAGGAGAUGCAGGUGUCCCCAGAGCAGGGAGCGUUCCUGGCCAUGCUGGUGCGGCUCAUGGGAGCCAGGCGCUGCAUUGAGCUGGGCGUGUACACCUGCUGUGGGAUGAAUCUUUCAUGCAUUGAGGUGGGCGUGUCAACAGGCUACUCCUCCCUCUCGGUCGCCCUCGCUCUCCCCGCAGACGGUCUGCUAGUGGCUUGUGAGAGGGUGUCGCACACGUUUGCAGUGGCCCAGCGAUUCUACGAGAAGGCAGGCGUGAAACACAAGGUGGACCCGCGGCUGGGUGUCGCACAGGACAUUCUGCAGCAGCUGCAACCUCUCCCUCCCUUUGCUCCAACACGCACUUGCUACCCUCCGUCCUUCCCUUGCUUGCCCCCACACGUAGACCCGCGGCUGGGCCCGGCACAGGACACGCUGCAGCAGCUGCUGGAGGAAGGGCAGGCAGGCAGGUGA